UGCAAGCUGGGUUCAUUACCAGGCGGGAGGCAUGGGUGAGCCGGCAAGUGGUUUCGCGACUCCCAGGGGGUGGUUUCCAGCUCCCGAGCUGACCCCCACGUUGGGGCCUCUGAGCGACGGUGCCUCGCUGCCGGACAACUGGAUGCUCUGGGCGACGCUGCCGCCACCACCUCCGCCUUCGUCGCUUCCCGCGGCAGCGUCCAAGCCUCCCUCCGAGGCGCAGACCUCCGCGGAGGCCCAGGCUCUCCCCGAGGCGCCUCCCCCAUUCGACGCCCAGAUUCUUCCCGGGGCUCAACCCCCCUUCAACGCCCAGUCCCCCCUUGAUUCUCAGGCUCAACUCAAUGGCCAGCCUUCCUGGAAUUUCCAGGCUUCAACAUCAUGGUGCUGGACACAGUCUCCUGGUGUUUUUCCUUGGCAUCAGCAAUCCCACAACACUCCAGUUAAACAUUCUUAUUUUCCACGAAAACAUGAUGCAAAGGUCAAUGACUUCAACGUCUCUCCCAGGAGAAAACAGAAGAAAAAGAAAAGAAAGGAACCAGUUUUUCACUAUUUUUGUGAUACCUGUGAUCGUGGUUUUAAAAAUCAAGAGAAGUUUGAUAAGCACAUGUCUGAACAUACAAAAUGCCCUGAAGUAGAUUGCUCUUUUAGUGCACAUGAAAAGAUUGUCCAGUUCCACUGGAGAAAUAUGCAUGCUCCUGGUAUGAAGAAAAUCAAGUUAGACACUCCAGAGGAGAUUGCAAGAUGGAGGGAAGAAAGAAGAAAAAAUUACCCAACUCUGGCUAAUAUUGAAAGGAAGAAGAAGUUAAAACUCGAGAAGGAAAAGAGAGGAGCAGUGUUGACAACAACGCAGUAUGGCAAGAUGAAGGGGAUGACCAGACAUUCACAGAUGGCACAAAUCAGAAGUCCUGGCAAACAUCACAAAUGGAAAAAUGGCCGUGCUGGACAGAGAGCACCCAUUGGGUCAGGCCAUCACUUAUGUGAUUCGAAGCCUGAGAGUCCACCCGCGGCAAAUUCAGACCCUCUGGGUGUUUUGGUAAACACCGAUUCUGAGUCUGAUAGAGAGGAGAAACCGCAAAGUGCUGUCAUACCCAAGGAAGUGACUCCAGCCCUGUGCUCCCUAAUGAGCAGCUAUGGCAGCCUCUCGGGGUCAGACAGUGAGCCAGAAGAGGCUCCCAUCAAGACUGAAGCAGACGUUCUGGCAGAAGACCAGGUUCUUCAUAGCAAUACUCCAAAGAAACCAAGUCAAGAUGUUAAAGCAACUGUUAGAAAUUCCUCAGAAGCCAAAUAUGAGAGCCAAAAGAAAAGUUUUAAAAACACAAAUCCUAAGAGGAAAAAGAAUUAUCGCAACCAUCAAACAUUAUUUGAACCAAGAACACACCAUCCAUAUCUCCUGGAAAUGCUUUUAGCUCCGGACAUUCGACAUGAAAGAAACGUGAUUUUGCAGUGUGUUCGGUACAUCAUCAAAAAAGACUUUUUUGGACUUAAUACUGCUGCUGCGAAAGCUAAAGCUGAAUAGGUGUCUGGUGUUUUAGCACACAUAUCUGAAGUGUGUAAAAUAGUAACAUCCUCAAGUUUGUGGAGGAAAACUUUUUUUUUGUAAAAAAAAAAAACAAACUGGAUUAAUUAUUAAGCCUCAUGAACUAUUAUGUAGGAUUUUCAAGUCUUACCUUUGACUCUAUACAAAUAAAUACAUAACUGAUUUUUGAGACUGUG